AUGGAGUCUUCUUCUGCUGACCACGGCCAGCCGAAGAAGGAGACCACCGGCGCGAGCCACGACAGCAACAACAAAUCUGCAGGCAAAUCAAGGGCCGAUCUCUACGCGGGCGCCGUGGCGCAGCGGGUCCUGUAUGGACCGAGCCGGUGCCGUGGCGGCAGCCCGAGAAAGCCGGCUGCUGCCAGUGUCACUGGCAGCGGCAAGCCGCCGAGCAGGCUCAGCAAGAUGUCCGGUUCCGCGGAGGCCACACGAGGUAGGAACUAG